AUGAAAUUCAUUGUUUUUGGAAUCUUUCUUAUGUUGUAUCAAAUUGAAGCCGCUUCGUUAUGGUGUUAUGGAAGCGAAGACUAUCACACAAUUAUACCGCUAACAUCACCUUUAGGUUUGCUCGAUUCUCCAUUCAAUGUAAACCUUAGAACCGUUAUAUUUACAUUUGGAUUUAAUGGCAAAGUAAAUGGGAAGGAAACAUUAGCAGUAGUAGACGCCUACAAAGAGUACAAAAAGGAUAAUCCAAUUAACUUUAUUCUACUCGAGUGGGAGAAAGAAGCAGCCAGUGAUAUUCUCGGACCUCUUAUUCAAUAUCCAACAACGGGAAUACAUAACGCCAAGAAGAUUGGACGUCUAUUAGGAGAUGCACUUAUGGAAUUGUCAGAGCAUGGUCUUGAUUUGGAUAAAGUGCAUUUGAUAGGACAUUCCCUUGGGGCUCAUCUCGUGGGACAUGCUGGAAAACGAACACAACAAAAGGGAACGCAGCUACUAAGAAUCACGGGCUUGGACCCAGCAGGACCACUGUUCACAGAUCCCAUUAAUUUAGUUCGCGGCCUAGAAAAGACUGACGCCUUUUUUGUAGAUGUAUUACACACAAAUCCACAACGAUUGGGAACGUUGGACAGUAUCGGAGAUGUUGAUAUAUGGGCUAAUUGUGAUUUGGAAUAUCAACCUGGCUGUUCAGAAUCAAAAGACACCUGCAACCAUUUACUAUCACCCAUAUAUUUUGCCGAAUCUGUGAAUUAUCCUACAUCAUUACCAACUGUGUCAGCGGAGAGUUGUCUUGAUUGGAGCAAGGGCGAUUUUAAUAAGAGCGAUAUUUUAUACCUCGGGAUAACUUACAAUAGCCAAGCAAAAGGGGACUUCUUUUUAAGAACUAAUUCGAAGUCACCAUAUGGAAAAGGAAUCGAUGGGAUUCGUCCCUGA